AUGUUUUUCCUCAUCGGUGCCAACGUGCCUGUGCUCUUCUUUGAACGGACCAUGACGAUUAUAAAGGAGACGUUCGCUGGCGGCUCGGACAGCUUAUUUCUGAUACCUGUAUUGUGGGUCGUGUUCGCUUGCACUAUACCAGUGGUCGACUCACUUCGGAAACACGAUCCUGACAUUCAGGAUCUCCCUCGCGAGAUUCCCAUGCGAACCGUCUCCGACACAGGUAAUGCGGACACGAGCAUAGAGAGCAGGGAUCGCGCGCUCUCGGAGUCGUCGUCCGCCAGCGCCAACACCGCUCGCAGAAGGGGAUCGGUCGACGACUCCUCGUUCAUAGCCUGA